AAUUUUGCUCGAACUAUAUAAUCGACGCGUUACGUUCCCGCUUAUCAUAAUCAGUUUGAAUUCCAAGCUAGUAUUGGUGCUUACUAAACCAAGAGUUUACCGUUCAGUUAAUAGUUAAUUGAGAGUGAAAACUUUUGAUCACAAUGUUUUAUCAUCCAGUGUUUGAUGGUUCCUGCUUUCUUAUCAGCCCAAGUCCACAAAAAAGAGAAAUUGUCAUUUCUCCGGAAGACAUAAUACAUCCAAUGAUGAUUUUGUCUAAUGUGCUGGAAAAUGUAACACAAAAGAAGAAUGUUUCAAAACCAGAAUCUCAAAGAAUACCACAAAUUAAACGACAGACUGAUAAAGCAUUCCACAGGAGUUUCGAUGUUCAACACUUCACGCCGGAGGAAAUCAACGUGAAAUUGGUUGGAGAAAAUGUGAUUGCAGUUGAAGGUAAACACGAGGAAAAAGGAGAUGAACAUGGGUCCAUUUCAAGACACUUCGUACGUAAAUUUACCGUUCCCAAGGGUUUCGACUUGACCAAAGUAGAAUCAAGACUGUCUUCUGAUGGAGUGUUGACCAUCGUAGCGCCAAAAAUUAAUGUUAAUCCAAUAGAAUAUAAGGAAAUACCUAUUGUUAGAACUGACCAACCUGUACAAAAAGUAGAAAAUAAGGAAAGCCAAAAUGAUAAUUAGCUAGUUACAAUUUUAUAAGACUGUUAAUUAUUAUUAAGCAGUAUUUUAUUUUUACUUUUGUAUUUUGUAUAAAUAUUUAUUAAAGAUAUUACAUAAGUUA